AAUUAAAUGAAAGGAUAGCCGCAAGGAGAAAGAAACCCAACUGCAAGUGCAGCCCCCCAGGUCUGCGUCGGGAAUCGAAUUCCCCUAUUUAUAGGGGCUGGCCCGACGCCCAUCCCAAUCACCCGCCCCAUUCCCAUUCCGAUUCCCCACACAACCGCUCCCCGAGUCCCGACGACGAGCUCCCCUCCCCUCCUCCUGCUCGCUCGCCGCUGCAGCAGCAGCAAGCCAUGGCGGCCACUCCGAUGAACCAGCUCAGCGCCCUCGUCAACAACAUGUUCGCCACGGGUUUGCUGGACGAGCAGUUCCAGCAGCUGCAGAUGCUCCAGGACGCGAGCGCGCCGGACUUCGUCUCCGAGGUCGUCACGCUCUUCUGCGACGACGGCGAGCGGAUCAUCGGCGAACUCACCAAGCUGCUGGAGAAGUCCAGCGUGGAUUUUGACAGGGUGGACGCUUUCGUGCAUCAGCUCAAGGGAAGCAGUGCAAGUGUUGGUGCUCAGAAAGUGAAGAACACUUGCAUUCAGUUCCGCGAGUUCUGUCAGCAGAAGAGUAGAGAUGGGUGCCUCAAGACACUGGAUUCAGUGAGGACUGAAUUCUAUGAUCUGCGCAGCAAGUUUCAGACUCUGCUUCAGCUGGAGAGGCAGAUCCAGGGCUUCUACCCCAAGUAGAUUGGAGCAGCAGAGUGGAGCUGCAUGUUCAGAUUAUGAAUACACCGCUGAAGGCAUAGAACAUGCUCAGUUCUCUCCUAUAUUGGCUUCUUGGAAGUCUGUAAUAGCUUAGCAACAAGAUUAGCGUUGACACCUUUGUUACUGUAGUUGUCUGUCGGGUGAUGGAUCUCCUGCAAUCAUUUGCAGGUCAUCUGGUUACUCGUUGUAAUCGCUCUGAAUAUGAUUGCAGGUCAUCUGGUUACUCGUUGUAAUCGCUCUGAAUCUCUUAGGAACUCAACAGCUAUGCGAUGGUGGUAUAUGGUGAGGAAACAGAAUAAUGCGAUGUUUAAUAUCAAUGUGUCUGCUGUUUGGCA